AUGCGGUUGCCCUGUCGUUCGACCGCUGUCAUCUGUGACAUCUUGCUGCUGCUGUUCGCGUCACGACUCGCUGCUGCUGCUGCUGACGAUGCCGCUGCCACCAAGCCACCGGCUGCUCCUCUCUGGAUCCAGCCUUCUGGAGAAUGGUAUGGUAUCGACGGCACAUGGUCCAAUUUUAUGUUUGUGAUAGGCUCGCCCGCCGAGAUUGUCUACCUCACGCCAUCGACGGCCUUGUCGGAAAUCUGGACGAUAUCUAGCGGUGGCUGUCAUCCGGUUCAAAUCUGCAUCAAUGCUCGGGGUGGUGUCUUCAACUCCUCGCUGUCGGAGUCAUGGCAGCCAUUGGGGGCUUGGAAGCUGGGCAUGAACCACACGGGAAUGGGGGGGAAUGGUGAUUAUGGGUUGGAAACCUUGGGGUUCGUCAACACGCUGACUUCGGUGUCGACGCUCCUCGAGAACACAUUGGUGGCCGCCAUCAACGACACGCAGUAUUACAGCGGCUUUAUUGGGCUUGGUGUCACGCCUGGGAAGUUCGGCUCCAAUGUCUCGACUCCUUUUAUCCCUCAGCUUGCCCAGGUGUAUGGCGCUAUUCCCAGUCAUAGUUAUGGGUACACCGCCGGCGCCUACUACCGAGAGAAUGGCAAGAAGGGCAGUGGCACAGUUGCCUCUCUGGUUCUGGGGGGGUACGAUAGGCUUCGAUUCGUCCCUCACGGCAACAACUUUGCCCUCGAUCCGAUCACGCGACUUCCUCUUGUUCGCCUGCGUGGUGUGACGGCGCAAAUCACAGACGAGGACAAGGCCCUGGCUGCUAAUUGGACAUCAACAAGUCGGACGUUGGUCAAUAUGGAUGAUUCCAUCGAGGCUUUCAUCGACUCUUCCACACCGUACCUGUGGCUGCCGACCGAAGUAUGCGACCGUUUUGCUGAUGCUCUCAAUCUAACAUGGAGGGAGGAUCUCGGGUUGUACACUUUUGCAGGCGGAGGGGAACAGUACACGCGCUUUCAAAACGACGAGUCUUUGUCCUUCACCUUCACCCUUUCGAGCUUUGACAACACCGACAAUUUUGGGCAACCGUUUAAUGUUCCGGGCGUGGUCAACAUCACGAUUCCGUCGGCGGCGUUUGCGCAGUUAUUACGUUACCCUUUCAGAAACGUCAUUCAAUGGGGCGAAUCGAGCAUCCCGUAUUUCCCGCUGAAGCGUUCGACUACCGAGGUCAACAAUAAUACCUAUAUCAUUGGUCGGGCGUUUAUGCAGGAGGCAUACAUCAUUACUACUUACGAUAAGAGCAUGUUCUCGCUUCACCAGGCGUUGUUUCCCGAGGCGGCCUCGAGCAAUUACUCACUUGAAGCCAUCGCAAGGCCACCGGAUAGCCCGUACCCGGAAUUCACAAGCGCGCCUGCGCCGACUGGGACGAAUAACAGACUGGGGACUGGCCAGACGGUUGGUAUCGUGUUCAGCGCCUUCAUCACAGGAAGUAUUUUGGGGGGUCUGAUAUGGUUUUGCUGCCGUCGGAAAAGGUCAAAGCAAAACUCUCAAAAUUCCGAGACAGACGAGGACAAACGCGAGGCUCACGUCACAGAAGAGGAGGAGCCACAGAGUCCAGUCAAGAAGGUGUUUUCGUUGAUCAUCAGGAGGAAGAGAUCAAGGAAACCAGAAAUUCACGAAGUGCACAACAACAGCGCCCAACCCGUCGAGGUUGGGGCAGACGGAGAAAACCAGGUGUACGAAAUGCCUGUACCGCCGGAGCCGGUUGAGCUGGACAGCCAUGAUCUUGGGGAUGACGAGACCGACGUUGGGAUAGAUAGUGCCCAGGGAAUGAGCGAAUAUGAGCUCACUCAGCGGAAACUGGAAAGGCAGAUGAGGGGGCCGGUGCCGACUUAUACACCCACGUCAACAACGCACAUGACGAUACCGACGGGGGUGAUGCAGCAAGAAAAGUCCAUGCAGGAUGUGAGCCGAGUUGCUCAUUACCGACCGCCAGAUACGCCCUCGCCGGCGUCGUCGCCGACGUAUGCGAAUAGCGACUCGUUUCCGAAUUCGUUGCCGUCACCGAUGACGCCGCAUGGGGACUGGGCGGGGAGGAUGUUUGAUUUGCCUUCUCCUAUGACGGUUGCUCCGCCGCCGUUGCAUUUAUACCCCCCUUCCCAGCAACACCACCACCACCUCCACAACAGGACUUCGGACCCUGCUGGCUCGAGUUAUUCACCUGUUUCCCCAACCUCGGCUCAGACGUUUGCCCCUUCGUCGGUGUCGAUGAGUCGGUCGGAUUCAAAUGAUGGGGUAUCGCCCACAUCGCUGACAUCGUCAGUGAGGUUACCGCCGCCGUCGUUUCAAAGAACACCGAUUAACAACUCCCAGAUUGUCUGUUUGGGACCGUUGCCGGAACAUAUCGAGCUGCCUACUCAACGUCCACCCCAACCACCGACGCCGACUACUAGAGUUUUUGACUCGAACGGGCAGCCGGUCGAUGGAGGGGUGUCGCCUGUGUCGCCGACUUCUCCUUUGCCGCUUCCGCCGGGGAGGUUAGGGGGAGGGCAUUAUCGCUCUGAGAAUAAUGGGAGUAGUGAGACGUUGGGGAGUAAUUUUACCGAGGAGGAGGCGGGGGAGAUGAUUCUGGGGAGGGGGGGGAAUACGAUACAACCAACACAAGGGGAGCAGCAGCAGAGAAAGAGAUUGGGACAGGUGCCUCAGAGGAUAAGUCUGUUGCAGCCGCAGCCGCCGCAGCCACCGAUGGGAGGGAGAGGGGGGGGGCAAGAGGAGGAUGAUGACAAUGACAUGCCGAAUAGUCCGCAGAGCAUGGAGCGGAUAGAGGGACGGGAUGGGUUGAUUCAUGUGCCGCAGGUGGCGGAUAAGAGGUAUAGUUGGGAGGAGGGGAGUGGGUGA